AUGGCAGAUAAGGCGGAUAGUGCUAGUCACCGCUCUCAAUCAACUGUGAGCUCGGCAUCACGGUCGAGCGGUUCGAGCGUGUCGACGACUGCGUUUGGGUCUGGGUCAACGCCAAGCUCCGCGUAUACCAAGGUGUCUCCGGCGCCGUCUCCGCGCAUCUCAACAACGUUCGCGUCAGCGGAGAACGACCAUGAACGUGUCAGCCCUGCGCGGCUGGACAAGGGAAAGAGCCCGCUUCCGGAAAUCCAGCUCGACCUCGAUAUCGAUCUGGAUUUGGACUUGGGGGUAUUACAACGUCCAUCUGUCCUCAUUGACGACAUUAUUGCAACAGGUGUGCUCUACGAGCCGUCAAUCUCUCCCAGCCAAUCUCCCUCGACGCCUGCACCGCGGUAUCCUGGAUGGGUCUCCGAAGUGGUGGCGCCGCUGUCGGAGUUUAUUGACGAGACGGUGGAUCCCCGCGCGCUGUAUGGGGACCUGAGAGAGGUGGGGGAGGGAGAUAGCGGGAGUGUGUAUGCGGCACGAGUCCUGGCGCCUGCGAAGGGGAAAGCGAAGGGAUCGGAGGAGGCGGAUGCGAAUGCAACCUAUGUCGCUAUCAAGAACGUGCCUCUGCUGCCGAGCGGCUCGCCGAAGUUGCUUGAUCUUCGGAGGGAGCUGAGGCUGAUGCGGGAUGUACGACAUCCGAAUGUGCUAACGAUGGACGAGGUGCUCGUGGACAUUGUGGAGGAUGCACUAUGGAUGAAGAUGGAGCUGAUGGAGCGGAGUUUGGCGGACAUCCUUAUAUUGGUGGAGGGGGGCAUCGUCGUGCAUGAGAAGCCGAUAGCCCAGUUCGCGAGCGAUGUUUUGCAUGCUCUAAGUUAUCUGCAGAGAUUAGGUAUAGCACAUCGAGAUUUGAGGUCAGAUAAUCUGUUGGUGAACAGUGCGGGUGUUGUCAAGCUUGCCGAUUUCUCGAAUGCCGUCCGAGUCUCCCCGGAGGAGCCAUUAUGUACCGAUGCAGUAGGCGUUAUUUAUUUCCAGGCUCCUGAGAUGAGAAGAUGUCCGUAUAAUGCUUUGAAAGUUGACGUAUGGUCGCUGGGCGCCACCGUUUGGGAGCUGGCGCAAACCGAGCCUCCCUUCUCCGACAUCACUGACGCGAGUCAAGCUGCUGACCGUUGGCCACCACUUAAUCAACCCGAAAUUUAUUCACGAUCUUUCCACGAUUUCUUGCAUCUAUGUUCGCGGCCAAGCUUGUCACGACCAGAUCCAGAUGAACUGCUGAAGACUCCAUUCAUCCGCAGUGCGAGCGGCCGGCCAGCCAUCGUCAAGCUGCUCGCCGAAUGUAGAUCCAUUGAGGAGCGAACGUUCCGGCGUCAAAGUGUCGGUUCGAAUGGGACCAUCUCUAUGUCUUAA